GGGGGGUGAUGGAGCGGUGCGGGGUAUCCCCCCCGUCCCGUCCAUCCCGUUCUCCCCGCUCCCCUCCGGCCGGGACGGGGCGUCCCCAGCAUCGAGCAUGCUCAGAGGGCGGCGGGGGCGGGCGGCCCGGCUCGGGGAGGGGGCGGCGGGGAGCGGGGGGGGGGGCGCAGCUCCGCGGAGCUCGGGGAUCGCAGCCAGCGGCCCGGGCGGGCGCCACCUCGGGCGGCGGAGCGCGGAACCGCCCGGCGCGGAGCGGGGAGCUGGGCAGGGGGCAACCGGGCAGGGGGCAACCGGGCAGGGGCAGCCGGGCAGGGGGCUCGCGAGGAGGAGAAGAACAAACGGAGCCGCGAAGACCGGGCAUGGAGAGGCGCUGAGCCAGCGGAGGGCAGCCGGGGGGCGGCGGGGCGGGGGGCAGCGUACCUAUGGGGCUGGGGCGGCGCUGGCUGCUCGGUGCUCCCCGGCCUCCGCCGCCCCGCCGCCGGGAACCGGGAGCCGCCAGCCAUGCUGCGGGGCGGCCGGAGCCCGCUGCAGCCCGCGGCGGGUUCCCCCGGAGGGGUCCGGGGGUCGUCGGGAACCCCCGGGGCGGCGCAGGUGGCAGCAGGCAGUUUGCUCGCUCUGCUCAUCCUCUGGACGCUGUUUGGGAACGUGCUGGUGUGUGCGGCCAUCGUCCGCUACAGGCACCUGAGGAGCAAGGUCACCAACAUCUUCAUCGUGUCCCUGGCCGUGUCGGACCUGCUGGUGGCUCUUCUUGUCAUGCCCUGGAAGGCGGUGGCGGAGGUGGCCGGGUAUUGGCCCUUUGGGGCUUUCUGCAAUGUCUGGGUGGCCUUCGAUAUUAUGUGCUCCACAGCCUCCAUCCUCAACCUGUGUGUGAUUAGCGUGGACAGGUACUGGGCGAUCUCGAGCCCAUUCCGCUAUGAGAGGAAGAUGACCCAGCGGUUGGCUCUGGUGAUGAUCAGUGUGGCGUGGGCUCUGUCCGUGCUCAUCUCCUUCAUCCCCGUCCAGCUCAACUGGCACAAAGGUGGGGAUGCUGCUACUGUGGCUGCCGGGGAUAUCGGAGAUGGGUUUGGUGCUGGUUGGGCAGCAGCGGGUGCUGUCACCACCUGGGCGGAAGACUUGAGCACCACGUGGGUGGCAUUAGCAGCAAUGACACCCUCCAAUGGGACCUCUGGCAGCAAUGAUACCCUUGCUGGACCAUCGGAGAGCUGCGACUCCAGCCUCAACAGGACUUACGCUAUUUCCUCCUCCUUGAUCAGUUUUUAUAUCCCCGUGGCUAUCAUGAUAGUUACCUACACCCGGAUCUAUCGCAUUGCCCAGGUGCAGAUCCGUCGGAUCUCUUCCCUGGAGAGGGCAGCCGAGCAUGCACAGAGCUGCCGGAGCAACCAUGUUGACUGCCACCAUCACACAAGCCUCAAGUCCUCCAUCAGGAAAGAAACCAAAGUGUUGAAGACUCUCUCUGUCAUCAUGGGUGUCUUUGUCUGCUGCUGGUUGCCAUUCUUCAUUUUGAAUUGCAUGGUACCCUUCUGCGAGAGCCCACCGAGCAACCCCCACGCAGGUCUUCCCUGUGUCAGCGAGACCACCUUUAAUAUCUUUGUCUGGUUUGGUUGGGCCAACUCCUCUCUCAACCCCAUCAUCUAUGCCUUCAAUGCUGACUUUAGGAAGGUCUUCUCCAACCUCCUGGGAUGCAGCCAGUUUUGCUCUAGUACUCCAGUGGAGACUGUUAAUAUAAGCAAUGAGCUUAUCUCUUACAACCAGGACACCCUUUUCCACAAGGAGAUAGUGACUGCUUAUGUUAACAUGAUCCCAAACGUGGUUGACUGUGAGGAGAAUCGUGAGGACCCUUUUGAUAGGAUGUCCCAGAUCUCCCCUGACCCUGAGGUUGCCACCGACUCUGUCUGUGACCUGGACUGCGAGGGGGAAAUUUCACUAGGCAAAAUAACACCUUUCACUCCAAAUGGUUUACAUUAAAUUGCGUCCUGUCCUGGUCAGUUCUGCUUGGAUUAUACAACAAAAUAUUAGCACUGAAUGGAAAAAUCUGCUCGAUUUUAUGCUGUAGUUUGGUCAGUCACUUCAUGCUAAACUCACUCGUACAUGUAGCACUUUCCAGGAUGUAGACACUGUCACACAGGGAGCUGACAGAACAAACUUCAUGCAGCACUUCCCCAGCCUGAGAGAGGACUAGGUGGGCUCGUUGGUUAGCUGUGGUGAGGUAUCGUGGUUUAACUGCAGUCAGUUUGUGUUUAUAAUGUGUUUGCAAAUGAAAGUUGCCACCGUCAGUGCUAAGUAUUACAACUUUUAAAAACAGGGACAGAUGUUGAGGCUGGCAUAGACAUUGAAUAGAAAAAAAAAUCUAGACUGUUCAUUUGUUCAGGUCUUAUGUUUCAUUUCUCUUUGGGUUUGUUUCUUUGUUUGUUUAUUUUCCUUUGAAGAUAGAAAUAGUGAGGUGGUGAUUUGGAUGAUUAUUUAAAUGCGUGUUUCUGCCAAAACAGUUUAUGUGAAAUCCAUGUUCUCCUAGGCGGCGUUGUUGCCUGUGAUAUCCUUGCCAUGUUCCCAGAUGAAUAAAUAAAAGUUACAUUGAUCAAGGGGUUAUUAUCUUUCAUUUAUCACCCUGAAAGGUUUACAACCAGUAUUCAAACUUUAGCAUUUCUCUUUGAAUGUUUGGAAUGACUAACUACUAAACCCUAUUAUUUUAAAAGCAAAACAGUCUGCACAGAAAUACAAUUUUUGAAUAGAAGAAAGGCUCAUAGAAAUGAUUGACUUAAAUGAGCUGUUUUAUAUGGCUUUACUUAUGGCUAGAUUUAUGCCUAUUUUUCUUCUUAGUAUAACUGAAACUGUCCCUAUUUAUGAGUUCCUUUCUGCAGCUAAGAAUAUCAAGCAUGCCUGCUUGCAAGCUAUUAAUGCUAUCCACUUAAUUCUAUACUUGAAAUUGCCUUUUAAAAAUACCAUUAAUGCGAAGAGUUUGGUGAUAGAAUUAGCAGCUGGAAGUGUCUAAAAACAUUAAUUAUGUCUGAAAAUGAUGUUAGUAAUUAGCAGUUCCUGGUGUAGACACAGUAUAUUAGAGAACUUACUCAAACUGAGAGAAAAAAAAUAUUUAUUUAUUUUUUUUACUUUGUCACUGGAAGUUAAUUACGUUUUUUUAAGUGUGAAAUAUACUUGUAGUGCUUUGACUCUACAAAACAUUUUAAAGCAGUCUGAAAAACUGUAAACACGUAUUUCAAACUCUGUAUCUAUUCAAACAUUUAGAUCAAGUGGAAUGUACUGUUUAGAAAUUUUGUAAGUUUUCAGCUCAGAAAUGAGAAGUGAUACUAUUUACAAGACAAAUGAUCAAAGGUAUUAAAAACAAGUUCUUUGUGCAUAAGAUUUGAAUUAAUUUACCCUUUAAAAACCCCCAUGCCAUGAGCUGGGCAGAUUUAAAUUGAAUUGUAUGCAUUGGUUCAGUAGCACUCCCUGUCAGGGCCCUGAUGGCAGGGAUGGCUGUGACCAGCCUCACCAUGGCCCCACCAUCCCACCUAAAUGGGAACUGAAGUUUCCUGUAUGUUGUAAGGGGGAAAAUAUGAUUUACACCAGUUAGCAUGCUUCAGGGGAAGUCUGGUAACAGAUCCUAGUAUUUGAGAAUGUUAUGCACUUAGGGUUGAGCCUUUUUGGAAGCCAAGCCCCUCAUCGUGGGCAGAAAGGGGCUGCCUCAUCUUUCCUUGGGAUAUGGGGUGGAAGAAGUUUGGAGACUUCUGACUGAGGUCCCUUUGUGGUUGCACCUGCUGUAAUUUUGUGUGUGUGGUCUUUGACAUUAGUUGGUUAUAUGGUUAUUUUGGAUUAUCUUUUCACUUGGUCCUUUGUCACUGAAGAUUCACUUUUCCCUGAGUGUUUUCUUUCCUGUUGUUAUUUCAGUGUAGUAUCUAUCCCUUUACAGUUGUCCUCAGAAAAGGAUAUUGUGCUUGUUGCUUAGGAAGGCUUGAAAAAUAGAAAUCCCAUGCCCAUAACCAGGUUCAGCCCACUAAUGGCUUGACAUCUAGGGUGAGCAGGUUGUCAUUUCUCUACUAAAGCAGUCAGUCAUAUGUUUCCAGGAGUUGACCAUAGUUCUAGCCUUUCUGGUUAGAUAGUCUUUGCCUGGAAUUAAAUCAGUUUACCAAAUAAAAAUGAAGAAAACAACUCCUGGUGAUGAAUGAUCCCAAUCAGAAUUUAGAUUUUUGCAUUUUGUAGUUAACUACUCCAGUUUUGAGGCCAGUACAGCAUGUUAAACUUUCUGGAUCUGCAUAAAAAAGCCUAUGAUAAGCAGAUGUAAGAGGUGUAGGCAUCUGUUGCUAAUUCCAGCUCCCAGGACAGUGUUUAUAUUUUAUGCAUUUUUAAAUCAGAAACAGUCAAGGGAAAUAGGGAAGGGAAAAGAGAUGAUUUCUUCCAGAGCACCUGUGUACCAACUGGCUGUGAAGUCUGCUGCUUUGAGUGUUACACCAUGGUCCAGGAACAGUUUUGUUCCUUUCUGAGCGAUGGAAGAGUGUUGGUAGUAACAGUGAAGAAGGAGCCCCCCUUUUCAGUAAGCUUUCCUCUCUAAAUAAUUCUUGUGCUGAAGGUGUGACAAUUCCCUUGGAUCUAGUCCCCUGCAUGUGCAUUGGAGGGGUAGAUAGGUAUAAGAACUAGAGCAUCCACCUGACAGGUGCCUUCCUCCAAAUCUCUACCUGCCUGGUUUUCCAGAAUCAGUGGGUGGGCAAGAAGAUGACAUGUCCAUCAGUGGGCUCAUAUGAUAACAGAUUUUCAUGGUGUUUUAGAAACAUUCAGUCCUAUCUUAACUCAGGUCUGAAGGAAGGCAAUUUUUAGCCUGGCCGCAGACAUUGGGAGCAUAAUUAGGACAGUGAAGAAAACCAUUCACAUUGCUGCUUUUCAUUACUAAUUUUUAGUUUGUGACUUCGGCUGGUAAAUGAUUUCUGUUGGCUGCUCUACAAGGUGUUCUCUCUCUUGGAAUAUGUGCAUGUCACUGGCUUCAUCCCUGGGAGCCCAGGAACAUCAAAAAGGGAGCAUUUCUGCUUUGGAAGGCAGAGAGAAGGUGCUCUUUUUUUUUUUUUUUUUUUUUUCUAGAAGCACAGAUUGACCUUAAGGAUAUGAGGAUAUGAAAGAAAACCUUGUUCUUGACUUGUAACAUGGAGAUACUUUUGUUGUUUUUUAAUAUGUCUUAAUUUCUUAUCACUGACAAAGCUAGAGUAUUCAGAAUUAGAAAGAUUAAAUUUUUAAAGAAAUACGUAUCUUGCCUUGAAGUAUAAAAAGAGCAGACUUUUCUGAUGAGAACAUCCCCCAGAAGGAUUUUUUAAAACUGGUUUCUUUCAGAUGAAACUGCUGCCCUACUUUUUUAAUGGUUUCCCUCUUAAAGACUGCCUAUCCAUAGAGCAGAGUUCAUUGGAAUUGUGUUUUUUUAUAAUCAUCAUAUCCUUGUGGUGUCACUCUGGAACUGAUCUGUUUGCACCUCCCAUCAACAUGUUUUAUUUUUCCCAUGAAAGUCACCUUGUUUCUGUUACGCAUUUUACUCCCUAAUUAAGCAUGAUCACGUAUUGGCAGCUCAGUUUGGGGGGAUUUUUCCUUUUUGUCCUUUGUCCUUUAAUGCUUUGAAAGUACAGUGCAGUUUGGCUUUGAGUUAUCAUCACUUAGUCUAGCUCUGAGUGAUGGCUGAUCUUCAAAUCCCUGAUUAUUUUCAGUUUCUCUUUUGUGUUGUUCUUUAUAAAUCUUAUGUUACAAUACACAUCACUGUUAAAUUACUUCCAAGUCAGCCCAGUCUUCUGAUACGGUAUAUUCUGUUAGCCUUGGAAAACUCCAUACCAAAGGAAGGUCAGCCUAUCAGUAUUCUGUAUGCUUUCUGAUUAACUAAUGGCAGAAAAGUUUAUUUUAAUGAAAAAAAA